CUCUUCCUUCCGCCUCCUCACUUCCUUGCCGAGGCAAACCUCCCCUUUUCCACGAAUGAGGAGAGAAAGGGCAAAAGAGGCUUCAAAUUGCUCAGCAGUGAGAUACAGAAACUGCCAGGCAACUUCACCUUUUUCAUUUAUCCCUGUCACGCCUAUCUCCGAGGCGUAUGCAAGUGUUAAACAGUCAAGUCAAUCCCAAUAAAUACCUCCAACCUCACAACCGAAUCCAGCGUCUCACGACAGGACGUUCGUGUUCCCACAGCGAGAAACCAGCUUUACCCUUGCACAUCAGAAGAAAGGUUCAUAAACACCGGUCCGAGUCAAGACCUUGUCUGGUUUAUCUUUCACCUUUUUCCUCUCCACUUUCCCCAUUCCUAAAUCCUAACCUUGUCCAUCAAUACUGCCACAGCCUACAACUGCGUGCAGAGCGAUGUCUCUUUCUAUAACUCCUUGACCGAACGGGUAAUCGACGCCGACGAACACUUUUACUGUUAUCAGACAGUCUGUUCCUCGAGUGGUCAACCGGAGUGUUUGCAUUCAGCUGGCAUUAUCAUUCCAGCUCCAUCGCCUCUAUCACCUCAAAGCUUACUCGGAAACGGUUUCACAUCGUUCGACAUUUCCACACUUGACCGCAAAAAGUUGCCAAGUUACUCAACCUCUGAAGGACUCGAACUACGAUUGUAUCUACAUCUCAGAGAUAAACCCUGGCGUCAGUGCUCUCCUGAGUGGUUUAUCAGAAUCAGAAGGCGACAUCUGGUCACGAUUGUAUGACGAGACCAUCGGCUGGGUUUGCCAGCAAUCCAUACGAAUAUUGAACCAGUACCGAGAUCAGCGGUGAUUCCACGGCGUGUUCUUUCCAUAUCGUACUCAAUAAUACUCCUUCCAACCACCACAAGUCCACAACCCCCUUUUCAACUUUCCAAAAUGUGCACCCAAUGGUUCUGCCUCUACGCGUGCGGCCACAAGGGUUUCUACCGCUACGACCCCUGCCAGGACUUCGGCACCAAAUGCUACGGCGCCGGCGGCGAGCAGUCUCUCUUUUCGGUUGAAAACAAGUGCGACGAUUGCCAGAGCCGGGCGACGGAACCGAAUCCCGAGGGCCGCAAGGACGAUCCGUACCUGAAGGAGCAGAAGUACGUGCCUUGGAUUGUUACUACUGAGAAUGCGGCGGCGGCGAGUGCUGGUGGGGGGCAGGGGAAGUAAGGGGGAAGUAUGUAAGGGGGAAGGGGGUUGGGAUGUGAAAGAUGAGAAGAGGUGAAUGAGGAGGAGGAGAAGGGAAAAGAGAGAGAAGGGGGGGUUGAGGAUUAGGUUGAUAAGGGUAGUAGGGAAGGGGCAAAGGGAUGAAUGGAUGGGGUGAGGAGAAGAACGGGAAGGGAUAAUAUAGGCAUAUUAGGAUGCAUACGUCUCGAAAUGCCUGGAUCGAUCCUGGACCAUACGAAGUACCAGGCCCUUUUCCAACAAUCAAUAACAAACACUACACAAAAGUUCCACAAAAGCAUAUCUCCAAACUCAUCGUCAGUUCACUCCUGAUGAAAGAAAACCCAAGGGGACUCGGUGUCAAGUUGAACGUAGAUACACAAGCCAAAGAGGAAACAAGAAAGAAAUAUGUCUUUGAAUGUUGGGUCUAAACAAGAUCACCGAAAUUAC